UAUAAGCUCAUAACAAUAAUCUCGUUUUCUUCUAAUUUUGUAUGCUUCUAUUUUUUGUGGCUUUUUGUGCCCGUGACAGUUGCAGAUUGUUGUCCCAGCAGGCAACAAUGUACAGAAAUUUUUGUAACCAGUAACCACCCCUUUGGUGCCAUUUUAAAAAUUAUCCUCCCCCAAACAUUUUUGUUGCAAAUUUGUUCUCUAAAUGUGCUUAUGUCUGCUCCCAUUUUUAUACCUAAUGAUUUGUGUGUGCUCAUGACCUAUUUUGUAGAAUGCUUGUUUGUGCUUAUGUUUUGUUAGAUACUAUGACAGCUGCUAGUAGUGUAUCAACUUGAGAUGUGAAUCAUUGUCAUCAUGGAUCCAGAAAGCACUACUGACCAGACCAUCUGGAAGGUCAAGCAUGCAAUGUGGCUGAGUGGCCAAAGGAGCAGCAGUGGUGCAUCUUUAAACACUUCAGUAUCAGUCAGUGAUAGUGCUGUGGAAUCUACUACCUCCAUAGAAUCCAACCAUGCACGUUUUGCAGGUUCCGGUAUCUUGAGGAAAAAUGCUGCCCUUGAUGCCUCAUUUCCACGUGUCCACUCUACUGGCAGAGGGGGCGAUGGUUUUCCUACAAAAGGGCUGCAGCCUGAUUUGAUAUAUCACCAUCCUGAAAUCCACAGGAAAUUACAUAGCUUUGAUGCUUCAAGUGCACUAAGAAAUUCUACAGAAAUUCCUCCUAGCAUUACUCAAAAUGAAAACGUUGCAAUUGACUCAUCUGUGUACAGACGAUAUUCUGAUACAACUACCAAGUUAAAUAUUCCUGGCAAUUCUGUUAUAGUCAGUGAAAGUAAUCCUCUCCGGACUAUAGAGCUCAUGCCUGUCCCUCUGGUUACUGCUGACAAGCUUACUCCAUACCCUCCUGGUCUAAUAACAGUUGUAAAAGAGGGACCUCCCCAUGAAAGUCCUUCAGCUCUGUUGGCUACUAUUGAAAAAGAACUUGAGGACCUUAAAUAUUCAGAGCUAGGAGGGAAAUCCAUCUCAAUGGAUCCAGAUGAUGAAAAUUACAGUAAUGGUAAUGAAGUACAAGAAAAUGGAUUUGAGACUACAGGAUGCCAUUGUCGAUUAGCACUGGAAGAGCGUCUGCACGCUACUGUUAAGGGAUGCUUACAAUUACAACAUGAGGUGGAACUCGUGCAUUCAAAAUGUGUUAGAUGGGAAAAAGAAGCAGGGGAUGCUGCCGAAAAUGUGUCAAUGCUCAGGAACAAAGUAUCAGAGCUGGAAAUCGAGUUGGCAGCAAGAAAUGCCUCACUCCACGGACUCAAAUCAAAGGUUGCUCAGCAAUUUAUGGAAAAUGAUGAUAUAAAUGAAAGGAGGAGGCAGUUUGAACGAGAUUGCAAAGCCCAACUCACUCAGCUUGACAGUCUGAAAAAGUCAGAGCAGUGGUAUCGAGAACAACUUCACCUAACUCAAGUGGAGAGGUCUGAUUUACAAAAAGAAUUAAUGGCAUUUCAAGAGAAAAAUGUUCGUCAGGUGCAUGAUCUGGAGAGAUUAAAGUCUGAUCUACAACGUGUGAAAGAUCAACUUUUGGAGGCAGAAGAAAAGUCCAUAAAGGAUAAACAAAAGUUUACAUUGCAACUUGAAAAAGCUUUGUCUUCUACCACAUGCUUCUCAACUGUAGAGGAGACAUCAAAUUCAAAAGAAUUGGUUGACGAUCAUGUUGCACUAGAGCUAAAGCAGCGUAUUGCAGACCUAGAACUAAGCUCAGUAGCAAGUUAUAAGAACUUGGACCGCUCAAGGGAAGAAAUUGACCGCCUUCUUUCGCGGAGUCUCCAACUUCAGAGAGAACUCAGUGAGACCAAGAUCAAACUGCAGGAGGAGCAGGAGCGAUGCAUGAGUGCCUCUAAGGAUCGGGAGAAGGCUGAGGCAGAACUGAAGGAACGUGAGCGCGUGUUGUCUACUCUGUCUCGCGAGCACGCCGAGCUGGCGGUCAAGCUGGAGUGCCAGGCGCGCGAGCGUGCGGAGCAGGACGAGGCCCUGCAGACGUUGACGCGCAACUUCACCAACGUGUCGGCGAGGUUCAACGCCAUGCGGGCCGAGACCCAAGAGCAGCGGUCCGCGGCCGAGGCCCUGCGCGCGGAGGUGCGCGUGCUGCAGGGCGAGCGGGACGCGCUCCAGACUCGACUGCAGGAGGGUGCUCGUCGCGACCAGGCCAACGCCGUGCAGGCCCGCCUCGAGGCCAGCGACCGGGAGGCGGCGCGCAGCGCGCGCGAGGCCCAGCUCGAGCACGACGUGCUCGGGCUCCGCGAGGCGCUGGAGUGCGCGCGCGGCGCUCAGCAGCGCGCCGACGAGCUGCAAGCCGAGCGGGACCGGCUGCACGCUCUCAACGAACAGCUGCAGGCGCAGGUCGACCGCCUCUCGCAGCUGCUGCAGCAGAACACGGGCUCGAAGGUCAGGGAGCUCGAUGACGGCGCGCAGCUGGCCAAGGCGGAGGAGAUGUUCGCGGAGAACGGCCAGCUGAGGGCUGUGGUCAAAAGCAACGACGCACAGAUCGAGCAGCUGAGGAGCCAUCUCAAGAGUAGUGCCGCGCAGGUGGAACAGCUGCAGUCGGACAACGGCCAGCUGCAGGGACAGGUGCAGCGGAGCACCGCGCGUCUAGCCGAGCUCACCCGCACCAUCGAAGAGCUUGAAGCCGCCAUGGCUGAGCUGCGGCGCCAGGAGGACAGCCAACCCCAUGGCGACCUUGUGCAGCUUCGGGCCGAGAACGCGCAGCUCCAGCGCGCCAAGCACGACCUGACGACGCGCGUCGCCGAGCUCACCCAGUGGCUGGACACGGUGACGCAGGGGCUGCACCUGGGCGCGCAGAGCCUCGUCGGCGAGAAGCUCGCCCGCCUCAGCGCCUCCCCGGUGCACGUCGAGGGCGUGGGCGGCGGGGCCGUUGACGGGGGUGACGAGCAACUUCGAGUGUUGCGAGACGCCAACGACGAGCUGGCCCUGUACGCGGCCGCGCUGCAGCGACGCCUGGACAACGUGGAGAACGGGCAGGUGGAGGGCGUCCCCGACCUCGUGUCUUCCUCGGGCGAGGCCGCCACCAUGGCCCAGGUCGGCGAGGCGCGCGGGCUGCUGGCGCUGCUGCAGGUGUGCCUGUACCGCGUGCGGGAGGCGCACGCCGCCGACGGGCUCGGGGUGGGCGUCGACGGCGACGAGGUGCGGCGGCUGACCGCCUCCAUCGGCAAGCUGUCGGGCGCGACGGAGGUGGCGGAGGACGACGGGGAGGUGCUGCAGACCAGACUGCAGGAGGAGCACCGCGACCUCAGGGAGCGCGAGGGCCGGCGCGACGACUUGGUCCGCGAGCUCCUGGGCCGACUCAAGGAGCAGAUCCUGGCGCGCAAGGCCGCUGAACAGAAGCUGACCCACCUGGGGCUGCUCGGGCUGCCCGCCGAACACACCUGCCACACCUGCACACCGGCGGCAGGUGACAGCCUCGUCGAGAGGCUGAGCGUGGACCCGGAGCGGGGCCGCCUGGAGCAGGAGCUGGCGCAGGCCAACGCCAGCAUCGCCGAGCUGCACAAGCAGCUGUUCGGCGAGCGGAGGGACUCGUCGCAGCUGCGCAAGGAGGUGUCGAGCCUGCGGCUGGGCCUCGACACCGCCAACGACAUGCUGGACAGCAACAAGGUGGCGCUGGGCCGCAGCGAGGCCUACGGCCAGGUGCUCAAGGUGUCCAAGGACCAGCUGCAGGCGCGCUUUGAGCAGGAGCAGCGCGACCACGAGGACUGCCGCCUGCGCCUGGAGCGCCUGCAGGAGCAGCUGCAGGAGGCGCGGGCCAAGGACCCGCUGGUCGAGGCGCAGAUCAAGACGCUGGGCUGCCACCUGCACCAGCGGUCCUCGGAGGUGCGCGCGCUGCAGGACAAGCUGUCCGUGCGGGACCACGAGUGCGACGGCCUCCGGGCGCAGCUGGACCGGCAGAAGGCGGCCGCGCACCGCGAGUACGACGCGCUCCUGCAGGAGCUGCAGCAGGCACAGCGGGAGUUCGCCGACGCGCUGCGAAACAUGAGCAGUAACGUUCCGGACCCUGCACCUUGUGACGAGGAGGCACUCUCGGCACUCAUCCAGGAGAGCAACCGCCUGUCGCCCACCGUGCUGGGCGACCUGAAGGCUCUCCUCCACAACCUCAAGGCCGAGCUGAGGUCGGUGGAGAGGGGCGUGGGAAUCCCCUACGAGAGGGUGGCGGCACCCGUGCUGCACGUGUGACAGUUCCAAGUCCAGUGGUUUUACACAUUCCAUGUUCUCAAGUGGGCUCCUAUGCACCAAGCUUGCUCUUUCCAUGAGCGUUCGCUUGUGCCUCGAGGAUGGUUUAUAAGGCUCUACUUCCUUUGACUACGAUGUUGCAUUAUCAAACUCCCCCAUCAGACUUGACCCUUUUACAUUCCUAAUUUACCCUAUAUAUUCAUUCCUUAUUUUCGUUUAUUAUUUACAAAAUUACAUUAUUUAUAUUUGAAGCUCUUUUCCAGAUCUGAUGUAAGUUGACCAUUUUAACAUCAUUUCUUUUGACUAUAUGUUUAUGACUUUUAUCAGAGACUUGCCAAAAUGUUUGAAAUUUUAAUGUUUUAAUGCUCCAGUUAAGAUGUGGCUGGUUCCUACUUUUCUCAAAUUCUUUUUUUUUUAAUCUCACUUAUUUUUAAAAUGAGGUCUAUUUUGACUAUUGAUUUGUUGAUUUUGUUGUUUUGUUUUCUUUUCCAACCUUUAUUUUUUGUUCUUGGGGUUGCAAAAGUUAAUGUCUUUUUAUUUUUUUAGAAGUGUGUUGAUCUAAAGUGGAUCCAUUACCUGUUGUAUCUAUGAUUACCUUUUUAUUCAUAUUUUCAGGCAUGGGGAUUUUUUUUUUCUGAUAUCUUGGUACGUUCCAGUACCACAUUACUGUGAUCUUUCUCAUUCAUUAUAGCUAUUUCUAUUCACUUGUAUAAGACGAGGUUUGUGCCAAAGUGUAGAUCCAAAGAAAUUUCCAAUGUUGGCAUGUGAUAAGUAUUAAUAAUUUCACUUCACAUCAGAGUAUUUUGAAAUAAUAGUAUAUGUGAAGUAUUUCUGCUCAAAGCAGCAUAUUCUGACUUGUUACAAUGGUGAUAGUAUUAAUCUUGUACUUAAACAAAACAUUGUCAUAUUUAUAAUAAAGUUUUUUUUUCCUUUUCUUAA